CAGUGGCAUUUUCUUCUGUCCCGUGCGCUCUCCCCAGUCCCCCACGCCCAAAACCCCAAGUGCCUUUCUCGCCGCUUCCGACUCCGCCAUGCCACCAUAGAUCCAGCUAGGGCGGCGUCGUUGCGUUCAAUCCUGUGCGAGAGAACGCGAAUCGCCGCCGGCUUGAUAUUGGCCAGGGCUUUCUCCGCCCAAUUGCAUCAGGUCUCGCCGUCAUUUGCAGCGACCGUGCUCUAAUUGGGGCGAAAAGGAAUCUUAUCUGCUGAAUCCCCGAGCUCCGGCGAUGGAUUUUGACAUGGACGACUACAUAGACCCCUACGAGGAGGCUGAGGCUGAGGCUGCCGCGGGCGAGGACGACGACUCCGACGACCCCGACGAGGACGACUCGGAUGCGGAGAGCGACUACGAGGAGAAGUCGUUCGGCCUCCUCAAGUCCGGCAAGCACCGGGUGCGCAACCCGGACGGCACCUUCCGCUGCCCCUUCUGCCCCGGCAAGAAGAAGCAGGGGUACAAGAUCAAGGACCUCCUCCAGCACGCCGACGGUAUCGGCGUCUCCAGCAAGCACCGCCGCCACGGCCGCGAGCGCGCCAACCACCGCGCCUUCGCGCGCUUUGUCCGCACCGAUCCGGACUUCGCGGAAGACCUCGUCGGUAUCACUGGCAUUCAAGGUGCCAUUACAACCACCCCUGCUGAUAAGAAUGGUGGCAGUGCCAAUGGCGACGGGAAGGCCAAGGCUAAUGGAGAUACUGCUGGAUCCAGUUCCGUGGCGGCGAAAGUGGGUCCGCCACAGGAGGUUGAGAGGUUUGCUUGGCCGUGGGCUUGUGUGCUUGCAGCCGGGGCAGGGUUCAAUCCUGAGGAGUUUGCUGAUAGAGUAGCGGUGUUUAGUUUGGUUGAGGUUGUGCCUUUGUUUGUUGAUGAGAUGGAAGUCACAGAAACCUUUGCAAUCGUGAGGUUUACCAAUGAUUGGAGUGGAUUCAAUGACGCGCUUACGCUUGAGAACCAUUUUGGUGUCAAUAAGCUAGGGAAGAAGGAGUUUGAGACGAGAGACAGUGGUCUAGGUUCCGUGGAGGGAGAUGGCGGCAAAGGUGAAGUCAAGGUUUAUGGGUGGGUUGCCCGAGCCGAGGACUAUGAUGCAACGAGUGUGGUAGGAAGAUUCUUGAGAAAGCACACCGUCCUGAAAACAAUAGAUGAGGUUUCCAAGACUGAAUUAGAGAAAUCAGGGGAGAUGGUGGCAAUACUGGCAUCCCAGAUCGAGGAAAAGAACCGAUACUUGCAGGAUUUGGAGACAAAGAAGAAUGCGACAGAACUCUCCAUCUCAAGGCUUGAGGACGACAACAGGAAACUGCAUGAGGCAUAUAAUGAAGAAAUGCGCAAUCUUCAUCGCAGGGCUCGUGAAAAUGCUAUGCGGAUUUUCCAAGAGAAUGAAAACUUGAGGAUUGACUUAGAAAAUAAGAGGAGAGAACUGAACUUACGAGCUAAGGAGCUUGAAAAAAUGUCAGCUGAGAAUGCUAAUGACAGGAAGACACUCGAUGAUGAGAAGCAGAAGGCAAAAUAUGAUAAUAGUGAACUUGAGUUAGCUAGCAUAGAGCAGCAGAGGGCUGAUGCAGAUGUUCUGAAGCUAUUGGCUGACCAGGAGAGGGAAAAGGAAGAGGUACUUGCUAGAAUGCUUCAGCUAGAAAAGGAGCUGCAUGAGAAGCAGCAGCUUGAGCUUGAAGUAGAACGGUUGAAUGGUACACUCCAGGUGAUGAAACAUUUAGAGGGAGAUGAUGACGGGGGAGAUAUCCAUGAGAAGAUGGAGAAGCUGAGUGUAAGAUUUGAGCAUGAAAAGAAGCGCCUGGAGGAUUUGAGUGGAGAUCUCGUGAGAAAAGAGCGUGAAAGUAAUGAUGAGCUACAAGUGGCCCGAAAAGAACUGAUAAAGGGUUUGGAGGAAGAGCUGGAUGGGCAGACAGCUAUUGGGAUCAAAAGGAUGGGGGAACUCGAUGAAAAGCCUUUCCUAAAUGCAUGUAAGAGAAAAUAUGGAAAGGGUGAAUACCAGAUAAAAGCAGCAGAGCUAGUCACAAAUUGGCAGGAGGAACUAAAGAAGCCAUCCUGGCAUCCUUUUAAGAUGGUUGAGGUUAACGGAGAAAAUAAGGAAAUUCUGGUUGACGAUGAUGCAAAACUGAAGCACCUAUGGAUUGAGUACGGCGACGAUGUGUGUAAUGCGGUGAAGACUGCACUGAUGGAGAUAAACGAGUAUAACCCAAGUGGGAGGUAUGUAGUGCCCGAGCUCUGGAACUUCAGGAAAGGUAGAAAGGCAACGAUGAAGGAGGUGCUCAAGUACCUGUUCAGUCAGAUGGACACGACGACCAAGCGCAGGAGGGGCUGAGGAGGCGCCCCGAGGCCGAGAAGCCAAUAAGUAGCGCCUUUACGCUGCUCUGUCAGUCGUGUGCUGCUCGAUCUUCUAGUUAGUGGUAGUCUGGCAUAAUAAGUGUUCGUAAUCAAGGCUUAGGUAUGCAUCAUGUUCAUGCUGUUGCCGGGCAGGCGUCCUAAAAACCUAUGUGAUCGUUGAACUGACUACUGAGUAAUCUUUCGUGCUGCUAUUAUUGUUCGGGUGUAAAUAGUUUGGUGCCUGCUCCUUCGUGGCUUUCUCGUGUGUGUAAUCAUUUGACCGUUCAUUUGUAAAUCAUUGAAUCAUCAUGCUGCCUUAUAAUCAGUAGGGGCUUUCUAUCUUCA